AUAAAACUUCUUUCUUUCACUUCUCUCAAUUCUAUCUUCCCCCCUCCACCCCCGCCGCCGCCGCCGCCGCAUCUCCCCCUCCGCCCCCUUUUCGCCCUCUAGCCGCCAAUCAUGCAGCUCCUCGCGACCUGGUUCACCGUCGAGAAGGACCAGAAGAGCAAGUGCGGCCGCGAUGUGCGCAAAGGCCAAAACUUCAAGCUCUUAGACGUCUCAAAGGAUGAGAAAUCCAUCAAAGUCUCGAUCUCAGGCCACCCAGAUGACGCCGUUAUCGUUAGCGCAGACUGUGUGGCUACUCUAGCUGUGCUACCAGGCACGAUGAAAGACGACAAAGCCGCGAACCACGCAAACGACUUCUCGGUGAAGAAAGAGGAGACAGUGAGAGUCUACCGCGUCUCUUCCGAUCGUUCGCAGCUAGUGAUAGGCACUUCUACUUCUGAUACUUCUAGAAAGCAUUGCGAAGCGAGAAUACGGCAUAGAAGUAUUGGCAACUUGACAACUCUCGGAAAGUCUUAUGGUGGUUUAGAAGAUCACCGCCCUUUAUCAUCCGGGAAAAGACAUACCGAGAGCAUCAAGAUGAGCAACGGUCCGCGGCCAAGCGGUCAAAGCAUAAGGUAUAAGCACGGAAUGUUGACAGAGCGGUAGUUCUCAUCGAGUCGGGCGGUUGUGAAGGAGCCUCGGAAAACAACCAUACUUUCUCUGGAUGAAGGGAAACACCGAGAUGUGUCCAAUUGAGCAAAGUUCUCAACGAGAAUUGUCUAGGUAGUCAGGCACUAGAGUAUUGCCAACUCGGUAGCUCUCGUAGAGUCGUGCAGCUGCUGAAGGGCUCCGAAAGACAUUCAAUCCCCCUUCCAGAUAAAGGAGCACUCGGAAAGCUGUCAAGAUGAGCAACGUUUUCUCCCCGCGUGAAGUCCAAGCUUCGCAACUGCCAGCCUCUUUCCGAUCGGGCGGUUACUAACUCUUAACACAUCCAGCACACGCGUAAUCGGCCGAGCGUAUCAGAGUUUCAUG